UAUUCUUCAUUCUAUCUAACCUUGCAAGGGGGUGAGAUAUUCAAAAAUUACCGCUUCUUCGCGACCUCCUGGCCGACUCUUCCGGUACCAAAUUUAGUUGUCAUAAGCGACCAUUCUAAAAGUCCCAGACCUUCUACCUUUGUGGACCUUUUGUUACAACGAUCCUUCUUACCGUUGCUCAUCGAUUAGUUCCGCAUCUUCGAAAGUUCUAGUCGAGUCUCAAUCGUUUUAAUCGUCUGGUCUUCUCAGAGAAUACACCCUAGCAUCUGAUUUCAUUCGAACACUGGCGGGCAUAUUCACCUUGCCUGUGGGCUCUUGCCUCACACUGGGCUUCCGCCCCAAUCACAAACGAUCGCAAUCAUGCCGGGCGUCGAUAUGUACGCAGAACCCGAGGAGGAUGCACCUGAGCCAGGGACGAGGCGAAUGAGAUGGGCUACACAAAGAGUAGCGCCGGCAAAGGGUGAUAAAAAGAGGACGUCGAUAAUGGGCCGACUACAUCCGCGUAAAUCGCAAAGCAGUGAGAAGAGGGACUCUGUCGGCGCAAGUUCAAUGGGAACGGAUCUCGGCAGGAUAGAAGAAGAACGGCCUAACGAGGGUGCAAAGGAACAAGCAGAGGAGGACGAUAACGACGGUCAAGGACCUAGAAAGGUUUUCUUUAAUUUUCCAUUACCACGGGAGGCGAUUGACGAGUCGGGUCACCCCUUGGUGCAUUACAAACGAAACAAAAUCAGAACUGCAAAAUACACUCCUUUGAGUUUCAUACCGAAGAAUAUAUGGUUUCAAUUCCACAACAUCGCGAACGUGUAUUUCUUGUUUUUGAUCAUUCUCACCGUAAGUCCAGAUCUUGCAGGCCUGCGUACGUGAGGCUGAUUCGUGUAGAUCUUUAGUAUCUUUGGUGCAUCUAAUCCAGGUCUCAAUGCUGUUCCCUUGAUUGUUAUUGUCACGAUUACAGCCAUCAAAGAUGGCAUCGAAGAUUAUCGAAGAACCAUUCUUGACAAUGAACUCAACAAUUCGCCUGUUCAUCGCCUAGUUGAAUGGAACAACGUAAACGUUAGCGAUGACGACAUUUCACUAUGGAGGAGAAUCAAAAAGGCUACUUCGCGUUGGAUUGCGAAGACCCUCAAGAAAGUGAAGAAGGAUAAAAAGUUACCCGGGGAGACGUAUGCCCAACGUGCUAUAGAUGUGGAGGAACCUAGACCGUCGUUCGAGUCAAGGGCUGCGCGAGAUGAUAUCCAAAUGACACCAGUGCCUUCACCCCUUCCCCGAGACGGCGGCCUUGAUGUCCCAGACCGCCCGAAUACGGCUUUUUCAUACGAUGCUACCGAAAGUCCACCAGCGGAGAAGAGCUUUGGAAGUUUGAUCAAUCGCAACAGUGCAGUAACUGGGAAGCCCAGGUUCCAUCAGGAUUAUUGGAAGAAUGUGCAAGUUGGAGAUUUCGUCCGUAUCUACAACGACGACCAGAUUCCCGCGGAUAUCGUGAUUUUAUCCACCUCGGAUCCUGACGGAGCUUGCUACGUAGAAACGAAAAAUUUGGACGGAGAGACGAACUUGAAGGUGCGACACGCUCUCCGCAGUGGUCGAAGCAUCAAACACGCCCGCGACUGUGAACGAACGGAGUUUACCAUAGACAGUGAAGCACCGCACCCAAAUCUUUAUCAAUACAGUGCUGUAGCUCGCUGGACGCAACAUAGCGGAAAGGAUGGACCAGGCGAAGAGAUGGUUGAGCCGAUUUCAAUCAACAACUUGCUCCUCCGUGGAUGUAAUCUUAGGAACACAGAUUGGAUUCUUGGAGUUGUCGUAUUUACGGGUUUUGAUACCAAGAUCAUGUUGAACUCUGGAAUCACGCCCAGUAAACGCUCACGCAUCGCCCGCGAACUCAACUGGAAUGUCGUUUACAACUUCGUUCUUCUGUUCACCAUCUGUUUCGCGUCUGGUCUCGUUGAAGGUAUCAUCUGGGGACAGGGAAAUAAUACCAUUGAUUUGUUUGAAUUCGGCUCUAUCGGUGGAUCCCCAGCCCUUGAUGGUUUCAUCACCUUCUGGGCUGCUCUCAUUCUCUUCCAGAAUUUGGUACCAAUUUCAUUGUACAUCACAAUUGAAAUCAUCAAGACUUGCCAGGCGUUCUUUAUUUACAGCGACAGCGAAAUGUACUACGAGAAACUUGAUUAUCCUUGCACGCCUAAAUCGUGGAAUAUCUCUGAUGAUUUGGGACAAAUUGAGUACAUAUUUUCUGACAAAACAGGGACAUUAACGCAAAACGUCAUGGAGUUCAAAAAGGCCAGCAUCAACGGGGUUCCCUACGGAGAAGCAUACACUGAAGCCCAGGCCGGCAUGCAGAAACGUCAAGGUAUUGAUGUGGAAAAAGAGGGGGCAAGAGCUAAACAGCAGAUUGCGGCAGCACGAGCUAAAAUGCUGGUGGACAUCAGAAAACUUCAUGACAAUCCUUACCUCCACGACGACGACCUGACUUUUAUUGCUCCUGACUUCGUCAGCGAUCUCGCUGGUGAAAGUGGGAAAGAGCAACAAGACGCCAAUUAUCAAUUCAUGUUGGCACUCGCUCUUUGCCACUCGGUCAUUUCAGAAACUAUCCCAGGAGACCCGCCUAGGAUCGAAUUCAGAGCUCAGUCACCCGAUGAAGCGGCAUUGGUUGCUACUGCCCGUGAUGUCGGUUUCACAGUUCUGGGCAAUUCCCCAAACGGCAUCCUUUUAAAUAUCCAAGGCCAAGAUAUAGAGUAUAGAGUUCUGAACCAACUCGAGUUCAAUUCAACCAGAAAGAGAAUGAGUGCCAUUAUCCGUAUGCCGGACAACAAAAUCAUACUCUUCUGCAAAGGUGCCGACAGCAUAAUAUAUUCUCGCUUAAAGCGAGGAGAGCAACCAGAGUUACGUCGUACCACAGCAGAACACUUGGAGCUGUUUGCAAGAGAAGGUUUACGCACUCUUUGCAUCGCGCAAAGAGAGCUUAGUGAGCAAGAGUAUCAAGACUGGAACCAGAAGCACGAGAUUGCGGCUGCAGCCAUUCAAGACCGUGAAGAUAAGUUAGAAGCGGUGUCUGACAUGAUUGAGCGCGAUCUCACACUGCUUGGGGGCACAGCUAUUGAGGAUCGCUUGCAAGAGGGGGUACCUGAUACCAUAGCACUUUUAGCCGAAGCGGGUAUCAAGCUCUGGGUUCUCACUGGUGACAAGGUCGAGACUGCCAUCAAUAUCGGAUUUUCUUGCAACUUACUCAAUAACGAUAUGGAGCUUAUUCUCUUGAAGAUCGAGGACGAACAACUAUCUACUGCGGAAGCUGAGCUGGACAAGCACUUGGCGGUUUUCAACCUGACUGGCUCUGAUGCGGAGCUCAAAGCCGCCAAGAAGAACCACGAGCCACCGGCACCAACACAUGCUAUUGUCAUUGACGGGGAUUCUCUCAAACUUGUCUUGGACGAUACGUUGCGACAAAAGUUCCUACUCUUGUGUAAAGAAUGCAAAUCGGUUCUCUGUUGUCGAGUCAGUCCUGCUCAAAAGGCUGCCGUUGUAGCAAUGGUGAAAGGUGGCUUGGAUGUUAUGACUUUGUCCAUUGGUGAUGGCGCAAACGAUGUUGCCAUGAUUCAAGAGGCUGAUGUUGGAGUUGGUAUUGCUGGUGAAGAGGGAAGACAAGCUGUGAUGUCUUCAGAUUAUGCUAUUGGACAAUUCCGUUUCUUACAGCGACUUGUGCUGGUCCAUGGAAGAUGGUCUUAUCGCAGACUAGGGGAAACAAUUGCCAAUUUCUUUUACAAGAACGUUGUAUGGACUUUCACAAUUUUCUGGUACCAGAUUUUCGCCAACUUCGACAUGACCUACCUCUACGAUUACACUUACAUCCUUUUGUUCAACUUGGCUUUUACAUCUGUUCCCGUCAUCUUCAUGGGUGUUUUGGAUCAAGAUGUUUCGGACAAGGUUUCUCUGGCGGUUCCCCAGCUGUACAGACGUGGAAUUGAGCGAAAGGAAUGGACUCAGAGAAAGUUCUGGUGAGUAUAAUGAAACCUUUCCUAAAGCAUGCAGGACUAACUAAAUUAGGCUUUACAUGGCUGAUGGUUUGUACCAAUCAGUCAUAAUCUUCUUCAUGGCAUAUUGCUUAUUCGAGGAUGGCACCUUUGUUACUUCAAGUGGCCAAAACAUUGAUGACCGAGAGCGAUUCGGAGUUUACGUAGCACCUGCGGCCGUCGUCGCCAUCAACGUAUACAUUCUGAUCAAUAGCUACCGAUGGGAUUGGCUCAUGGUCCUUCUUGUCACUAUAAGCAUUCUCUUGGUAUGGUUCUGGACUGGAGUCUAUUCAUCUUUUACCUCGUCAGACUAUUUUUAUAAAGCCGCCGCCCAAAUCUUCUCCCAAGCCACCUUCUGGGCAGUCACAUGUCUUUCUGUCGUUAUCGCCCUUUUACCGCGCUUCGCCGUCAAGGCUGUGCAAAAAGUUUACUUCCCAUACGAUGUUGACAUCAUUCGCGAGCAAGUCCGUCAAGGGAAAUUUGAUUAUCUUGAUAAACCCGAUGAGCAUAUAGAUGCAAUGUCCAGGGAUGGUUCAUCGGCAACUUCCUCUGAGAUUACGAAGCCGAGUAAGCACAUCCACUAUCCGAGCAUUGAUGAAGACCAACGACCCAUUUACCCCCCUUCAGUUGCUCCAACGAACACGACGCAUAAUCCUCGAAGUCAAAACGGUAGCGAUGGAACCGACUUUACACGACAUAGACCUUCGAUGGAUCAACUUGGUCCUCGGGUUUCCGUAGAGAGACCGCGACCUUCCUUCGAUAGAUUACGAACGUCGUGUGAUCGAGUUAGACCAAGUUUUGAGGCUAGUAAGGACUUUACUUCAGCAGCCCUCUUAACCCGAUUAGAAUCAAGUCAAUCAUUCGCAACCGCUAAGAAGUAGGAGGAACGAGGACAUUCCACAAUGAUACCCUAACAUCAUUUUCAUUCAUUUCUAAUCUGGGAGGCUGCGAAGAACUGUACCAUACAUUUUUCUUUUCUUUUGUUGAUACAGGAGAUAUUAAGCAUAAUGAUCUGCAGGAGCGAUCUACGACUUUUGUGUUCUACAUUUGGUUUUCUUUCGCAUUGGUGUUAUGGGCGUUAUGAAUGACAUGAAAAGGCAUUAGGCUAUAUUAUCUUAUUUUGUUCCUGAUUCUUCGUUUUUGCUGGCGAGGCCGUGUUGUUUUGGAAGAUAGUUCUAGAUCUUUCACUUCUGAUGGUGUAUGCUCGACAGUGGUGAUAGGAUCAGUGGGGUCCAUUUGUAUAUAGCCAUUGCAAAUCAAAUAAGUGCACAAAGCUUCAAUAUAGAGAACGAAGUAUAAUCUACUUUUCAUUGAUGUAUUUUGAUAAUCAUCGCGUGAUUUAUAUUAUGAAAACACUAGAUAUUGUAUUAUUAAAAUACUUAUAUUAAUUUUAUAAUUUUAUAAUUUUGUUUAAAAUUUAAAUAUAAAAAAUAAACUUUUAAAUCAAUUAAUUAAUUAAUUAAUUAAUAAUAAUAAUAAUAAUAAUAAUAAUAAUAAUAAUAAUAAUAAUAAUAAUAAUAAUAAUAAUAAUAAUAAUAAUAAUAAUAAUAAUAAUAAUAAUAAUAAU